GUUAACUACGUCCGUCCUUCGACUACUCUCUCUCUCUAAAAGAACCAUUGCUGAGCUUGCCGUCUUCUCUCUCUAGACCUUCUCGCUCCCCACGCACCCAACCGGCCAACCCAUUUCCCUCUCGACAUAUAUAAACAAUACUUAUAUCCGGUUUUCUUCGUAUACAUAUCCAACGGUCUUUUGCCGGCCAAAAGGUACGAGAGAAUAUACUUCAACUCCAAGUAAUAAGAAUCAUCACCGCCGUUCAAUGUGCAGACUUUGACCGAUCUCGAUCGCAGCAGACAAUCCGUGGGCCGUGUAGAUGGGCCAGUGCUGCAGCAGAGGUGUCUACGCCGGCGGCUCCACCGUGUUCGACCGGUCAAACCCGCCGCAUCCGCCGCCUGAGACCCCGCCGGAGACGCCGCCUACUAACGGAACCGUAGCAGUAGACGCCGUUAACUCCGCCAAAGCCACCCCGGCCACCUCCUUCUCAGACACCAGCCCAUGGCAAACCACGUACCCCGCCGGCUUGCCGCCCUCGCCGGCGAGGACUCCGAGGAAGAGGUUUAAGUUUCCUUUCCCUCCGCCGUCGCCGGCGAGGCCGAUCAUUUCGGCCAUCCUGAAAAGGCAGGGACAGCCUAAGCCGCCCAUGGAGGGGACCAUACCGGAGGAAAACGGCGGCGAAGGCGGCGGCGAAGAUGAUGGGAAUCUUGACAAGAACUUUGGGUACCCGAAGAAUUUUCCGGCCAAGUACGAAUUGGGAAAGGAGGUGGGGCGAGGGCAUUUCGGUCAUACAUGUUGGGCAAAGGGUAAGAAGGGUGAGCUUAAGAAUCAACCCGUGGCUGUGAAGAUAAUUUCCAAAGCUAAGAUGACGACGGCAAUAUCGAUUGAAGAUGUUCGUAGGGAAGUGACAAUAUUAAAAGCCUUGUCCGGACAUAAGAAUCUGGUCAAAUUCUACGAUGCGUUUGAGGAUGCAAAUAACGUCUACGUCGUAAUGGAAUUGUGUGAAGGUGGAGAACUGCUAGACAGAAUUUUAUCAAGAGGUGGAAGGUAUACAGAGGAGGAUGCUAAAACUAUUGUCGCCCAGAUAUUAAGCGUCGUUGCUUAUUGUCAUCUUCAAGGUGUUGUACACCGUGAUUUGAAACCAGAGAAUUUUCUUUUUACUACUAAAUCCGAGGAUGCUCCUAUGAAGGUCAUUGAUUUUGGUCUAUCGGAUUUUAUUAGGCCAGAUCAACGUCUCAACGAUAUUGUUGGUAGUGCAUACUAUGUUGCACCUGAAGUACUGCAUAGAUCAUACAGCCUUGAAGCAGAUAUGUGGAGUGUUGGAGUGAUAACGUACAUAUUGUUAUGCGGAAGCCGACCUUUCUGGGCACGAACUGAAUCAGGAAUUUUUCGUUCUGUGCUAAGGGCUGAUCCAAAUUUUGACGAUGCACCUUGGCCUGGGGUAUCAGCAGAAGCCAAAGAUUUUGUCAGAAGGCUUCUGAACAAGGAUCACAGGAAAAGAAUGACUGCUGCCCAAGCACUGACUCACCCAUGGUUGCAAGUUGAAAACUGUGAUGUGCCUCUCGAUAUUCUGAUUUACAAAUUGGUCAAGUCAUAUAUUCGUGCCACACCUUUGAAGCGUGCAGCAUUCAUGGCUCUCUCAAAAGCUUUAACAGAGGAUGAACUGAUUUACCUUCGGGCUCAGUUUAGCCUCUUGGAGCCAAAAAAUGGGCUUGUGUCGCUCAAUAAUUUUACAAAGGCCCUUACGAAGAACGUAACCAAUGCUAUGAAGGAGUCGAGGGUUACUGAUAUUUUAAAUUUGAUGGAACCACUCUAUUAUAAGCAUAUGGAUUUCGAGGAAUUCUGUGCCGCGGCCAUUAGCACGUAUCAGCUUGAGGCUCUUGAAGGGUGGGAAAAUAUUGCAAAUACAGCAUUCCAGUAUUUUGAAGAAGAAGGGAACCGAUGCGUCUCGGUUGCCGAACUGGCCCAGGAACUGAAUUUGGGUCAUUCCGCGCACUCUUUACUUAAGGAUUGGAUAAGGAGCUCCGACGGAAGACUCAGUUUCCUUGGGUAUACCAAGUUUUUGCAUGGUGUGACGAUUCGCAGUUCUAAUACAAGACAUCAAUAGUUUGUCUAAUACUCAUGGACAUAGGAUCGCCGAAAGAAAUCCCCUUGUGUCUUCUUCUUUUUUUUUCCCUUCAUUUUUUGGAAAGAAAUCGAGGGAAAGCGAAUAUAUUUAGAAGGCCUAAAAUCUCCAGAUUCUUGGGCAAUACAACUCCAUAGUCCAUACCAACUCCGGCGAUCAUAAUAUGCUUUGAAAUGUGGUCAAGAUCUAACAGUCUUCAUUUGGGGAAUGGAUACUGUGUAUAAAAAAGAGCAAUCUGUUGAAAUUCUUGAGGUUGUAUAAACACUUGAGUUUCUGCAUUAUAUAACAAAAAUUGAUUGUUGUGA